UACACGCGAGAGGUAAACGUCACUUCGUUGCAAAGUACUGCAAAUUUUUAGCAUCUGAAAGGUGAAUUAUAAGUGAAUUAUAAUACGGGAAGUAUCAGAGCAUCACAAAUGCUAACUAAUUGCACAAAUAUUAUCUUGUUCAUCAUCGUAACAACUUGCGCAGCUACGCCAAUUCUUUUUUUAAAUCCCGGAACGAUGCUCGCUCAUCCAGCUGUUAUAAUUAAUUCUGAGAUGGAAGAUAAUUUACCUUAUGAAUUACGAAAUAAUUUUUAUAAAAAUCCAAGUAUUGCUGCUGGUCUCGCUAAGGAAUCCUGGUUUAUCGAUAAGGAAAUGCAGGUAAUCGACCGAGAGGCGGACAAAAUCUCAAAGGAAAAGAUUUACAAUGUGCUACAUAACGCUGGACUCGUUCGCAGAUAAUAUCAAGACAAUGAAGAAGAAUUGUUGGCGAAUUUGAGUGGGAGCACUUAUGCGCACUGGUGCAUAUAAAAGUCGUUAUACAUGUACCGAUUUAAUCUAACAAUGAGUGUAAAAGUAAAAAGCAAACAUUUUUUAAAUUAGAAAAUACAUAUUUUAUCUAACAAUCACAAUGAAGUAUUGAGUAUUCCACGAUUUAACCGGUUUCUAUGUUUAAAAUAAAUACAUAUCUUUAUGUCAAUUUACGACGUUUUUAAUUGACGUGCAUCAGUGCGCACUGCGAUUGCGUCCAAUCAAAUCCGCCAUAUGUUGUUAAGUAUAUUUCGGUUUCCAUAUAUUCAAUAAUUUAAUUUCUUGCCCUUUGUUCUUUCGUUUGAGCUUGUGCUCUAUCGUUCAGGAUUUAAUUAACACAUAAUGUUACAUUAUUUUGAUAUUUUAUAUUUGAUAUUUUAUACUGUUUUUUUCCACAUUCUGCAGAUUACAGUCGGUUUUAGCUAUUUCUUAAUUACUUUGAUUACGAUCUUAUAAAUGUAAUACCCACAAUUAGUAACAGUCUGACAUAUACAAUUCAUGCAAUACUUAUAUAAUACAAUAUUAAUACAUAUCAUAUUAUUGUAAUACAAUAGAAAGCUGUUAUUUUAUGUACAAAAUAUGCAGAACGCUCAUGUAUUUUAUCCAUUAAUUAUAUCAGUCAUAAUUAAUCAGAUUAUAUCAAAGAACUUAUUGCACGAUUUAUCUUUUUCCUUUUUCUUUCCAACAUAGAGAGAAAAAGAAGAAAGAUGAACCGUACAAAACUCAA